GGGCUCACUGUUUGCGGGGCGUGGGAGGAGCGCGAGUCUGUUUAGAGUAGUGUGGCUUAGCAGUUGCGAGAGAGGCGGACGGACCGAGAGCGGGAGCAAAAGCCAGUGGACUGAGUGGUGCCCAGAAAAACCGGAGGCACGGAGCCCCCCAGGGUAACCAUGGCUGUUUCAGCCCCGCCGGUAAAUUCGGCAACUGCGAGCGGCUCCAGCAGCAACGCUGGAGCCCCCGGGGGCUUGUUCCGGGCCGAGCCCCUCUAUUCCACCAGCCCGUCCGAGUCCCCGCGGCUCACCACCAGCAUGAUCAACAGCUUCAUCACCACCCCGGGCAGCGUUAGCGGUAUGAGCGGCGGCGGCGGCAUGAGCGGUAUGGGCAGCGGCAGCCUGAGCGGUAUGGGUGCCGGUAUGAGCGGUAUGAGCGGUGGCGGCAUUAGCGUUAUGGGCGGUGGCGGCAUGAGCGUUAUGAGCGGCGGCGGUAUGGGUAUGAGCGGUAUGAGCGGCGGCGGCGGCGGCGGCGGCAUGAGUGUGAGCGGCGGCGGCGGCAAUGAGUGUAAGAUGGUUGAUCUGCACGGAGUGAAGGUGGCUUCUUUCCUGGUGGAGGGGCAAGAGCUCAUUUGCCUGCCUCAGGUCUUUGACCUGUUCCUGAAGCACCUCGUAGGGGGGCUGCACACCGUCUACACCAAGCUGAAGAGACUGGAUAUCACACCGGUGGUGUGCACAGUAGAGCAGGUCAGGAUCCUCCGGGGGCUGGGCGCCAUCCAGCCCGGAGUGAACCGCUGCAAACUCAUUACCAGAAAGGACUUCGAAACUUUGUACAACGACUGCACCAACGCCAGGUCAGACUUAGGAUCUUUAAUUGAGGACUUGAAGGGCCAUAAGAAGCCAUAUAGUUCAGCUUCCAGCUCUUACAGAACUACAUCCACAUGGCCCAACACUUGGCCGAGGAGACCUCCUUUCAGUACUGUGGCUGGCCCAGUUUACUCUCGGAAUCGUCACAUUCAAGGAGCCAGUUCAAGGCCUGGAAGACCCCCCAAACGUUCCCUGGGAGUGGCCAUACAAGAGAACGCACGCCUUCUGCCUCAUGGCGUCCCAGGCCUCAUAUCUCCAGGCCUUAUCUCACCAACAGGUGGAAGUGAAUCCUCCUGGGACAAGGAAAAGAUGCAGUCACCUAUGACUCCAGGAACCCAGCCUGGUGUGGGUCAUGCCACACUGCCAGGACAGGCCAGCCUUGGAAGUGCCCAUCCACUCAAUCCUCUUCAGCAAAAUCAUCUGCUGACUAACAGGCUUGACCUGCCAUUUAUGAUGAUGCCUCAUCCACUGCUGCCUGUCACCUUGCCUCCUGCAUCAGUUGCCAUGGCGAUGAAUCAGAUGAACCACCUCAAUACUAUUGCCAACAUGGCUGCUGCAGCCCAGAUGCAUAGCCCACUCACCAGGGCAGAGGCUUCUGUUAUUAAGGAGAGGAUUCAGGACAGCCCAUCUCCUGCUCCUUCUUUGGAUGAGGGCCUUCGCCCUGUGAGCCUUGAGUCUUCACAUCAUAGCAGCAGCAUGUCCAGCUCUCCUUCUCAUAUGGACCACAUCCCGGAUAGAUUUGUUAUGAUGUCUGCCAAUAGAGAGGGAGAAUUCACUGAGCAAGAUAAUGGAUCGAAUCCCAAAAAGCACCAGAAGGAGAAAGUUCUGUCAUUCAAUCAAGAGCUAUUUGAUGGUUCCCAGUCACUGUGGGGAGGAAAAAGAAUCGUAAGACAGGGAGCCGGGCCUCAAGAUGCUUACAACCAAGUUUGGGCGCCAAGACGAACAGAAGAUGUGCAGAUGGCCAUACCGAUGAUGAAACCAGGCCUAGAGAAGGCCCAACUGGCUGGGCAAGCCAUGCCUGCUGGGUUCUCCUCCCCAUUCAUUUUUGCUGAUAGCCUUUCUUCUGUGGAAACACUUCUGACCAACAUUCAGGGCCUCCUGAAAGUGGCUCUCGACAAUGCCCGCAUCCAGGAGAAGCAGAUGCAGCAAGAGAAGAAGGAACUGAGAAUGGAGCUCUUCAGGGAGAGGGAGCUGAGAGAGACCCUGGAGAGGCAGCUUGCUGUGGAGUUGCAGAGCAGGGGUGAGUCCGCUACUAUUCAGAAGCGCCUGAAGAAGGAGAAGAAGGCCAAGAGAAAACUGCAGGAGGCCCUGGAAUUUGAGUCCAAGCGCCGUGAGCAAGUGGAGCAAGCUCUGAAGCAGGCCUCCACAGAUGCUGCCGUACCAGAUAGAGAAAUGGAGAAUGGGACUCAGCCUGACAAUGCGGCAACAAUGCAAGCAAGUUGGAAAAGAUGGCGUCUUCUGAAAGAAAAAGGAAGCUAUUGCCCACAUGAAGAAGCUGCAGAGAGCCAGGUGUACAUCAAGCCUCCUGUCAUGUACUGAAGGAAGUUUCUAAGACAAAGAAUCUAUCUAUCCACAUGCCAUCCAUUAUCUGAAGCUAUCUAGUUCAUUUAAGUUUGUUACCUUUGAUGCCUUCAGUGCUAUGUGAAGAACAGAAAUUGUAGCAUGAAACUUGAAGACGUUGGCUGCAUCGAAUACUGCAACAUCGAAAGCUUUUGUAAGCUGCUCACGCCAAACCAAGCCUGUUGCAAUUGAUCAUUUGUAGAACCCCCUCCUAUAGAAGUUUUAGUCUUUUUCGGUACAUACGAGAUUUAUUCCUUCCAAGAGAACUAACCUUUUAUUUGCCCCCCUUAAGGAGGUAGCUAUUACUGUUUAGCAGUGGCAGAACCCUAUUAAUCGGCCCUAAUGGUCCCCGCUGGCUUUACCUAUGUGCAAAUCCUAAGUCCAGUUUAGCGCCAAAACUAUUCACCCUUGAGCUGUUUCGAUUGUGUUUAUAAAUUAAGCUUUGUUUACUGAAGCAGAUAUUCCAUAUAUACUACAUUUUGCAGAGAAAUGUGUGUACGUUGAAAAACAAAAGGGGUGCGAAAAUGCCCUUUCAAUUUGAUGACUGAUGCGCAAAUACUGUGUGAGCUUAACCCUAACCAGCUGAAGUCCUAUGGUUAUAAUUGAUGCUUUAUAUGCUCAGUUCAGCUUGGCUUUUGGUCUUUUCCAGUGAAAACCUGAAUAUGCAGUAGAGUGUUAGAUCCUAGAAACUUUUACGUAUGGUUUCUCUGUUGUACCAUAUUAAGUUAAAGUACCCCUUCUUUGUUAAGAUGUUCUCGCUUAAAAGGCAGUAUUAAAGACUCUUUCGUUGACUUUGGAA